CACCUGUAGUUCUAUAAAAAUUGUAACCAAUCGAUCAUGUAUGCAUUAUCUUUUUCUUUUUCUCUUUUAUUUUUGUUUUCCUCUUUUAUGUCUUUGCCCAACACAAGAUUACAGGGCAUCAAAGCUCACUUGAGCCCAGAUUCAAGCAAUGAAGCAUCCUAUAUAGAUUCACUACGCCUGUAUAGAAAACCAGAUCAACCUCCCAACUUGACCACUUUAGAUCCCCUUAGAUUUUUAUUAAGAAGUGCCAUGGUAUUCGCAAAUCGUACAGCGGUAAUUCAUCAUCAUCGUACUUAUACCUACAGAGAAUUAUCGACGCGUAUACAAUCAUUGGCUACCGUGCUGAUAAAUACAUACCAUGUCAAGCAAGGCGAUCGUGUAGCAGUUAUCUGUUCUAAUAUCCCACCUAAUCUUGAAGCAACAUAUGCUAUUCCAGCAGUAGGCGCUAUCAUCGUCCCCGUUAAUACAAGAUUAGCUGCACAAGAAAUAGAAUAUAUUAUCCAGCACUCUGGAGCCAAAGUGAUCAUCCUGCAGCGAGACUUUAAAGACAAGAUAACACAGUCUGUUGCGAAUUCGGUCCGAAUCAUCGAUGUGACCGAUGACAACGAGAUAGACCCCUAUGAGCAAUUACUCAUGAAUUGCAAAUCUCUUGUAGCAUGGGAUAAAAUGCCUCUUUUGAAUGACGAAAAUGCAACCAUAUCUAUCAACUAUACCUCUGGAUCAACGGGCCGUCCAAAGGGCGUUAUGGUGACGUACCGUGGUGCAUAUCUUGCAGCUCUGGGCAUGAUCGUUCAAUGCGCACUUUCGGUAAAUACAGUCUAUUUGUGGACAUUGCCCAUGUUUCACUGUAACGGAUGGAACUUUCCUUGGGCUCUCGUAGCUGCAGGAGCUACACAGAUCAUGCUGUCUACAAUGGACUACGACCUUAUUUGGAAGCUAUUGGUAAAUCAUGGUGUGACACACUAUAACGGCGCACCUACUGUCCAGAAUGAAGUCUGCAAUAAUAAAAAUGCAGUCAGGCUGAGCCAUCCAGUGAAAGUACUAAGCGGUGGAUCUGUCUUGUCAAGCACUUUGAUUAAACGAAUGCGUCAUCUUAAUCUACACCCUACCCAAGUAUACGGUCUUACAGAGGUCUAUGGUCCAGUGGUUUUAUCCUAUGAUAUCGAAACUAUCGCUCAUCACACUGAAGAAGAGCAAUAUAAGAGACAAGCCAGGCAGGGCUAUAAUAUUACAGUUUCUGACGAAACACGCGUGUUGAACCAAAAAACAGGCUUGGACGUUAUGCCUAAUGGUAAGGAGGUGGGUGAAGUAUGUUUCACCGGCAAUGUAGUCAUGAAAGGUUACUACAAUGAUCCUGAAGAAACUGCCAAGGCGUUUAGAGGAGGCGUGUUUUGGUCAGGGGACCUUGCCGUCAGACAUCCGGAUGGAACGAUAGAACUUGUCGAUCGAAGUAAGGAUGUUAUUGUUUCUGGUGGAGAAAAUAUAAGCUCUAUCGAAGUCGAAUGCGUCAUUGUUCAACUUGAAGAAGUUUCAGAAUGUGCCGUAGUAGCUGCUCCUAGUGAUAGAUGGGGAGAGAGGCCAAUUGCCUUUGUUGUAUUAAAAGAUGGUAACUCAUUGGAUGCUGAAUCUGUCUUGAGACAUUGUCGGAAUAUGUUGGCAGGCUAUAAGGUAGGGAUGCAUGCUUUCUACAAGAGUGUUUUGUUAACAAUUUCCUUUUUUUUUUCUGAUAGAAAAACCCAAAAAUAUCUUUUACGUGAAAAGCUUUGGAAAGACAAAUCCAAGAGAAUUAAUUAAAUAAAGGAUAUAAAAUAAAUCAUGAAUAAAAAGAUCUCUUUUAGCAUUUCAGGCACACAUUUUUACCCAAUCAUGAUUCAUUUGUGUGCUUGAUGAGAAAUUGGC